UUACACGCCCCUUACUGACUGUUCGACUUCUUUAGCCGGGUACACUCGGACUGAAUGAAAAUUAUUCACAGAUUGCAGCGAAAAUAAAAAAAUUGAACUUUAUUUCAAUAUCAAAUGCUCCAUUGCACUAAGACAAUUGAAGUUGAAAUUUUCCACGAUUUCUACAACGAAAUACGUUUUCGUUUUCGUUGUAUAAUGGUCUCGGUUAUCUUCUUUAAGGUUUUUUAAAGUUUACAUCACUCGUCUUGCUAGCAUGGCCAUAUCUACUAAGCCUGUGGAACUGGGUCCCCUAUUGUAACCUAGCUCACUAAGCCAAAGUAAGAAAUAAAGACUUCUGUUGUAGGCAGGAGCCCGUGACCCGGAGCCUCCAUAUGUAUUACACCCUUGAGUCAACAUGGGCUCCUGUUAUAGGUAAUGAAUAAGCUAUGAAGUGCGUAGUUAACAGACUAUCCCUCAAUACCUCCUAAUUCAGGCUCACCAAGACCAAGAAUAACACCCCGAGUGAGACCACGAAUCAGGCCUCGCCCCAGACCUUCACGUCGCGUAUGGAACUAUCGUCGCCUGGGUACUUAUAGAGUUCCACGUGGCCGUUCUUCCCCAGGGCGCAGAUACUUAGGUACGGUCAAACCAAGAAUAAAUCCCACCAAACAGUGCGCUCUCAUGGCGCGGAAGAGACGCUACCGCUUCUUUGGUGUACGAAGUAGACGUUACUGUUACGGAGCAAGAACUCGGAUACCGCUGACCAGAUUUGGCCGAACAACUGGUCUUAGUGGAAUGGCUGUUUACAAGAUCGGAAGAGGUCCCCUUAGACCAAGACCGAGAGUGGCAGUCUGGCACUACCGCUAUGUAGGCCGCUUCAAAUCACUCGCCCCCAAGCGCUUGGGCCGGUUUGUUGGGCGGAUAACGGGAACUAAGAAAGUGUUUAAAUGUGCGCGCACUGCUAGGAAGAUGGGUUUCCGCGCGUUUGCUUUGCGUAACCGAGGAGAUUGUUACGUGUCGAGAUAUUCAUCAACUUACUCCACUAAAAAGCGUUUGUUUGGACGCUUCAGAGGAAGUUCUGGUACACCACGUGCCAUAGAUGCUUAUGUGAUCGGAAAAGGUAAGACAGAUAUAGUGUGGUUAAGAUAUUUCUAGUAAAGAGCACGGAUAAGUGUCAUUCUGGCAAAACUUCGUUUGGUCUUCCACGAGUUUCUAAUUUGUUUUUGAUAACAAAAAAAAAACUGCGGACACUAAAGAAUACUCUAAUUAGACAUGGCACCGUGACAGCUCGUCCUGCUGCUUAGCAACUCUGGUGACAAAACAAACACGGGUCCUGUCGUGCCUGCUGUCGUCCAUUCUCCAAAAUGAGAUUUUGUUUUUCACUAGUAGAAACUGGCUCCACCGACUGCAACGCGUACAGUCUGUUCAGAAAUAGACCGAAGACAAUACGUAGCGACCAAUAUUUUCACAGAACAUGUCAGAAAACAUAGUCUACAACGCUUUUUCAGAAAGUUGUAAGAACUGUUCAGCCUUGUUAUAUUUGUUAAGUGUUUUUCAAAGCGUGCCAUUCAACUCAAUUGUUAGUCAAUCAACUUAAAAUUAUCCCAGUCGUGGCCCAAGGCAAAGUGAAGCGAAUAUCCCUAAUUAAUACAUUUUGAACGUAGUGGAAUCGCUUUAGUUGACUAUCACUCUUGAAAAUAAAACUGUUAUUUGUUUCUUUCCAAGGUCGUUUUAAGCCUCCCCCCAGACCUCGUAAAGGAGGUUCUGUUUGGCAUUACCGCUGGCUUGGACGUUUCCGGUCACUAAAAGCACGAGGUCUGGGAAGGAGAUUAGGCAGAGUGACAGGGCGAAAGAAAGUGUUCAGCUGUGCUAUGCUGGCAAAACGCAAUGGUUAUAAAGCAUUCGCUUUGCGCCGACGCGGUAUCUGUUAUGGGACUCGUUCAUCUAGAGCUUACACAUCCAAGCCAGUUAUCAAGGGCCGCUUUAGAGCUGGUGCAGGAGGAGGACGAUUCAUUGAUGCUUACAUAAUAGGGCGAGGUAUGUCAUGCUAGUAUUUUAGCUGAUGUAAAAAUUUCACAGGAACGAACAGUUCAAAAAACAGUUGUGGAGCGCAGUCAAUACCAACUUAGAAAUUUGCAGUGUGUAAGAGAGAGAGAGAGAGAGAACGGAUAAAUGUCAACAAGACGACUUUUUCGUUUCUUGGUUUUCUGUCAAGCUAUUUACUGUUAGAAUACAGUUUAGGCUGGAUAUUUGUACACUGAGAUGUGUUAGUCUUAUUUCAAUGCUUCGUUAAUUAUCAGAACACGUUCACUUGAUGUUGUCGUCAAUUUAUUCCGUACAUACGUUUUCUUCUAGGUCAUUACAGACGGCCAUUAGGAAAAGGCAAGUACUAUAUUUGAAGGUUCAUUUUCAAUCAGGUUUUGUAUUUGUAUCAAAAGAUUCCAAAGAUUUGUCAAUCUUUGGCUUUUUAGGCUUUUGUGCAUAUAGAAAGAAAACAAACCAAAAACUUCAAAUUGCUACAAUCCCGGUUGAUAAAUCGAAAAUUUAAUUGUUAUAUGAAGUGUCAACUAAAUGGACACUGAAUUUUUACCAUAGGUGCGGACGUGUGGUAUAUGUUCAACUGAAACUAAAAUCAGUAGUGACACAUAACGUAUAUGAAAUAAGUCAACAUGUGAACUGCAGGCGACAUAGAAACGGGUUAGGAAAAGAGUUCAAUUCCCGACGGGAUUCGAGCCUACGACCUUUGAAAUUUCUGGUGCAAAAGCUCUACAUAGCUAUGAAACUGCGGAGGCUCAAUCACCACUACAAAACCAAGACAUCCUUAUUUGAUCUAAUUUAAUUUUCUUUCUAAAGGAGUUAGAGGUCGCUCUAGAAAAACAAGGCAACGAAGAAGAAAGAUGAUAAGAGCAGUUAGAAGAAAGGUCAGAAGAAUUAAACGAAAGAGGGCACGGAUAGCAAAAACUAGAACACUUGAAAGAAGGAUAAAAACACGUGUUAGACGACUAAGAGGUCUGAGGAGGAAGGCUGUGCGAACUGCGCAACGGGUAAGGAGUUUGAGACGAUUAAGGAAACUUAGACUACUGCGACUGGCAAGAAAAGCGAAACUUGCUUUGACCAGGAGAAUACGGCAGAUGAAGAGGAGAAUCCGUGCACGGAAAUUACGGCUAAGGCGACAGUUACAACGCGUGCGAGCAGCAAGACGUCGGGCGAGAAUACGACGAGCAAGAAGAAGAGCUAUGCAGUUGUUGAAAUUGCGAAUGAGAAGGCGUUUGCAAAGACUGCGACUGUUGGCUCAACAGAGGAGGGCGCGUGCACUCAGAAUGGCCAGGUUACAACGUUUGAGACGGUAUCGAAUGUUGGCCAGGUUACAAGCGAGGCAGAGAGCACAGAGGAGACGAAUGAUGUCGCAAAUCAGACGAAGAAUGCUUCUUAUGCGACGGAAAUUAGCUCUGAAGCAAAGAGCUCUUAGAGCUCGAUUCCAAAGUAGACGACAGAGGGCUGCGCGGUUACGACUCCUGUCAUAUAGAAUAAGGGUUCGUCAAAGAAGAAUGAGCAGUCAGCUGUCACAAAUCAGGAGAGGGCUGAUAGCCUUAUCAAAAAGAAUGGUGUAUUACAGGCGUUUGAGGCGUUACAAAUUCCUGGCAAGACUGCGAGUUUACAGGCAACGGCAGAUGAAAAGAGCGAGCAUGGUUCGAGUCAGGUGGUUCAGAUAUCAAAAGCAGUUAGCGGCCAUCAGAACCAAACAAAGAAUGUUAGCGCUGAGGCAACGACGUGCUCUUCAGAAGUUUCAGGCAUUUCAAAGAAACAGAAGAUUGAUGUUCAUGCAACAACAGCAGAAACUCAGAAAAUUAUUGCAGACGAUGAAUUCACGUCGAGUUCGAGCUGGGAAGAAGCGAGGAGAUAUUCUAAACAAGGAGCUAAAGAGGAAGAAUUCAUCCAAACAGAUAAAAAGAGGACCUAACACUGUUCCAAAAGAGUUCCAUUCAGCAGAUUACUUCUGGUCGUUUGAAGAUUCUGAGGGUAAUCAAUCCGAUGAUGCUGUUCGGAAGCGUGCAGCGCAGCUUAUGGGAGGAUCGCUUGUUGUUGCGACAAGUGAUCGAGGUCACGUGGCAGACACUGGUAAACCCAGAGGUUGGAUCUCCCUUGGAGACUUUAAAGGAAAGUGCUUCAGCGACCCGGAUCAGUGUAGAGAUCAAGGAAUGACAGUAAUGGCUUCCCUGAAACUGGAUAAGGAAUAUUUCCAUAAGAAAUCUAGCACGUACUUCCUAUCAAGCGGAGGUCAAACUACCAAGGCUCGAGGAUUUGCUUUCCUGCAUCUUCUCGGCCGCUACAUCGUAAUACUCAGCACAAAAGACAAACAAUGGACACUGGAAGCUCGAGAUCUUCCAGAAGGAUGGGCCAACGUAGCCAUUACUUGGAAAAAGGCCGGUUUACUGAAGAUGUAUGUAAAUGGAAAGGAAGUGGCCAGUGGAGAAGCUAUGAGUGUUUCAAGGCCAAAGGAUCAGUACUCGAGCUUUGAAGUUGGGCGGCCGAAUAAUUCUCACUCACCAAACUUUAGAGUGCCUUUAGAAAUAGACAACAUUGCUCUCUGGGAAAAAGCUCUCGCAAGCAAGGAAAUUAGCGCAUUGGCCAAGAAAGAUUUAACGAGAGCGUCCAAACAAGAGGCAAUUAAAGAAUAAACAUCAGCCCAAGAGGAAAUACGCAAGACAAUUUUUAGACACAAAGGAACGAACAUUUUUGUUGGUUAGAACUUUGUAGUUAUACCAGUCUGCCUUCACAUCAAGUCCAGCCACCAUUAAAGGGGAAUGGUGUUUCUUUUGGAUGUGACUUCAUUUGACUGUUGGCCCGGUUUGUUCGAAAGGUGGAUAACGCUAUCCACCGGAUCAGAUCAAUCACUAUCCAGCGGAUAGCGUGGUUUGUUUUGUUAACACUUAUCCAUUGGAUAGCGGUUUACCCUGUGAAUAGCGUUAUCCAGCCUUCGAGCAACUGGGGCCAAGUCUCUACCUUCACUGCUAGUUGUAUUUUUUUGUAACCCUGUGUCAAAACCGUGUAGGCGGGUUUGGCGAUUUUCGUCCAGUGCAGGAAGGUGUGAAGGGUUGAGAUUUUGACACGUUUUCUAAUGCGCUCAACUCAAGAAUUUGCUUGGUUUAGCAUUAUCAAAGUUUUGAUAAAUCACUCGAGAGGCAAGAGGAUAAUUGUGAGUCUUUUAUAGGAUAUAAGAAUAUGAAAGUGUGAUGACUGUUCUGUUCAUAAAUAUGUGGUUUCCAUUAUUACCGCCAGCAAACCCUCAGGGCUUAGUAAUCGCCGUUAAAUGUCUCAAUUUUGAGUAAAAUUAGGUAGUCUUUUAGUUCUUGAGCUUACAGGGGUCCAUAACCAAAAUACAACUAGUAUUUGUAGUCUUGUGCAUCAAAAACUCAAUAAAAAAAUCAUACUUCUAAAACAGACGUAUUGUUCAAUUUAAUAUGUAGCACAAAGGAGAAAAGCAAUUGAUUUGGAAAGUU